AUAAAUAUUCACACAACACAACAACCAAAACAAAAAAACGAAAACUUUGAACUUUGCUCCAAAGGAAAGCUCUCACCAAAAGGAAUCAUUUCUUCAAUCCAAUCCAAAUGGAGUUCCCUCCCCCGCCUCCACCUCCCCCGCCGGAGAGAUCCAAACGCCUCCACAACUUCACCUUACCUUAUCUCCGAUGGGGUCAGCAGAGAUUCCUCAGGUGCGUCAAGCUCCCUUCUUCCUCCUCCUCCUCUCCUUCUCCCGAUCGCGCCAAUCACGGAUCUCCCUCUCUCCCCGGAGCUGGAGGAGGAGGAGAGUCUGCUCAGCCAAAGGUCUCUGCUUUGGGGAAUGGAGAUGCUGCAGCAGCUCGGCCGUGGAAUCUGAGGACGAGGAGAGCUGCUUGUAACGAGCCUGGUGGAGGAGACGACCCCACCACCACCACCACCACCACCACCACCACGAGGAUGAUCAUCACAAAUGAAAUUGGCGGAGUCAAGAGAGGUGGUGAAGGAGGUGGUGAUGGAUCGGAGAAACUGAAAUUCUCUGUUUGUUUGUUGAGAGAAGAGAUCGAAGAGGAUUUCACAGCCUUGAUUGGUAAAAAGCCUCCUCGUAGACCAAAGAAGAGACCCAGACUUGUUCAGAAGCAAAUGAAUACUCUGUUUCCUGGAUUGUGGUUAGGGGAAGAAGUAACGGCAGGCUCUUACGACGUCCCUGAGGCUGCUGCUGCUGCUGAAACUUGAUUGUAAGGUUUUCUUGAAUUUGGGAGUCCCCAAGACCAUUCAUUCUUCUUCUUUUGUGUAUCAAUCUUUGUGUUUGUUUUUUCUACUUUUCUCAAUAUUUUCUUUUGUUGUAAAAAAAGGAAGCAAAAAGAAUGUAGUAGCAAUGUGCCCCCAACAGUUUUUUAGUGAAUGUAGCAAUGUCCCAAGACAUUUUACUCCUUCUAUUGUAAAAGAGAGAGACAACUGGUGUUUUUUUCAUUACCAAAAGCUAAUUGUAAUCUCUCCAUGGCAAUGGAAUCUCCAGCUGUUUCUUUUUUCUGUUAAUCAACAAUGCAGCUCUCUGCAACUUUCUUUA